AUGACAGCAAAGUUUCCGCCAUAGCAGAACACUAUAGGUGGGGGGAAAAGCCAACAAAAAGAAAAGGCCUGUCUUGGAAAAAGCUUAGUGUUCAUCUGUCUGCUCGGAGUCAGUCUGGAAUCUAACACCAGCUUAUGGUGGAAUAAUGGCACAAAAUGAAACGCAUCCUCUUUUGGAAAUACUAAAAUCAUUUAAUCUUGGCGAUAUGAUUCUAGCCUUCUGUUUGUCUGUGCUCGUGGGCCUGCUGCUCGGUGCUCUGGUAUACGUUCUGUUGACCUGGGCGUCCCGGCGCCAGGCCACCGCCAGGAUCACCAGGCGCUCUAAAAGGAAAUCUGGCACUUCACAGAAACAAAACGCCACGGGCGGCCAGAUUGGCCUCUACCGGAGCACCUUCCUCAGUGUCUACAGGCAGCCGUCCCUGGAGCCGGUGGGUCCUCUGGGGUGCAAGCCCGAUGCAGAGACCUCCACCUUUCGGCCACUGUCCAAGAGGAGCAGGGCCGGCCUGGAGAUGGCAGAGGACACCCAGGUCAGCAUGCCCGAGGACACGGCGGCAUCGACCUCAUCGGAUUCAGCGUCGCUCGUGCCGAACAAGAGGCACUCCUUCUGGUUGGGGGGCAAUGGACUUAAAGGAUUCCUCCCCUCACAGACUCCCCCCCCUGCAUACGACAGUGUCAUCCAUGCAUUUGAAGAGACUUGCACUUGAAACCAUUGACAUAAAACACAACAACAACAACAAAAACUGCAAAGGGAGAACAUUGUGGGAUUACAUGAGACUUUCUGGUUGUGGUUUGCUCUUUUAAUAGAGCAUGUUUCCUCUGCAUGUUGGGUGAUCAGACCAUUUCUGCUACUGGUCAGUCUAAAGCAGUGUGUGACUGAAUGCGACUCAUGCAGUGUCAGCUCAGUAUUGCAUAAGGAGAUGUAGACUAGGGCUGCAGCUAAAUUGUAUAAUUUGCAGAUAACUUUCUCAUUUAAUGAAUUAGUUCUUUUCUCUAUAGAAUGUCACAAAAUGUUGUUUUGUUCCGAAACUAAAAAAAUAAUUUUCACAGUGAUGAAACAGAUGCGGAAAAUUCUAGUUUUAUCUGUGAUUGUGAGGGGAAAAUAAUGUGUACUAGAUAUUUUUCUUAUUAUCUAAUAACACAAUAAAGAAUUCAUUUUCACCUUC